AUGCUACUCACUACAGUUGUACCAAUUAUCCCUGAAUAUCUGCUUCGAAUGGAGCAUCCAAAUGAAACCGAUAUACUCUUCAGUCAUGACUCUCAGAAACGUGUGAAAAGACAGUGGGAAGAUGAUGACAGUUGGGAUGUCCCAUUGAAACUUGGUAGCCAAUCUGAAAUUGACUGGGAGGAGAACCCAAUUGGUCCGGUUGGUCGUAAUGAAGACAACAAAAAAGAAUCACGCAGGAAAAAUCAGAAAAAUCAAAAAAACAAGAAUCGUGAAUACGAUGACCGAAAGUAUAUGUCACCUGCGGCUAAGAAACCACCGAUAAAGAAUGAGGAACCUCCAAAAAGAGUUAUCGAUGAAGCAGAAAGACAUAGACUAUUGGCAAGUGAAAAUGUUCAUGUCGGACUCAUGUUUGGUUCCAAAGCACUUGUUCAACUACUCGUCAAUCCGUGGAUUGGUCCACUUACCAAUAGGAUCGGUUAUACACUACCAAUGUUUGGAGGAUUUGUCAUUAUGUUCUGUUCAACUAUUCUUUUUGCUUUUGGUGAUUCUUAUUUCACACUUUGGUUGGCAAGAGCUCUGCAAGGUGUCGGAUCAGCAUGUACCAGUACUUCAGGAAUGGGAAUGUUGGCGCAAGCAUAUCCAGAUGACUUGGAAAGAGGAAGUGCUAUGGGUAUUGCGUUGGGAGGUCUAGCUCUUGGAGUGCUGGUUGGACCACCUUACGGAGGACUUUUGUAUCAAUGGAGUGGAAAGGAACUUCCAUUUGUUCUUCUUGCUCUUCUUGCAUUGUUUGAUGGAUCGAUUCAAUUUAUGGUUCUCCAACCAAAAAUUGACAGAGGAGAACCGGAAGGAUCAACUAUCAAACAACUGGCUAAGGAUCCAUACAUUAUUGUGGCUGCUGGUGCAAUCACUAUCGGAAAUCUUGGAAUUGCUAUGUUGGAGCCUUCUCUUCCGCUCUGGAUGAUGGAAUCAUGGGGAGCUAACUCAUUGGAACGUGGAGCUGCAUUUUUGCCAGCUUCCAUAUCUUAUCUAAUUGGAACUAACAUCUUCGGUCCUCUGGCUCAUCGUAUUGGAAGAUGGCUCUCCUCGUUCAUCGGUCUCGUUGUUAUCGGUUUCAGUCUUCUCUCUAUCCCGUCUGCCACAUCAGUUGCUGGUCUCAUUAUCCCUCACGGCCUUCUCGGAUUUUCUAUCGGUAUGAUUGAUGCGUCGAUGUUCCCGCUCAUGGGUUACCUUGUUGAUAUCCGUCAUGUCGGUGUCUACGGAUCUAUCUACGCCAUCGCCGAUGCCGCCUUUUGUUUCGCGUUCGCCCUUGGACCUUUCUUCUCCGGACCACUUGUCAAAAGUCUCGGAUUCCCAACAAUGAUGUAUAUCAUUGCGAUUAUCAGCUUCUUGUAUGCUCCUCUGAUGUUCCUUCUCAAAAACCCACCAGUCCUCAUCGAACCAACUACUCAAACCCAACCAGUGGAGCUUCGUCCAAAUGGUGACUCGAGAGUCACCAAUGAGAAUUAUGAAAGAAUCGAAGGAAUGAACAUUGCUGGACAAGUUCAACAGAACAAUAUGUAUUCCGCAACGAGUGCAUUCUAG